AUAAAACCACAAUUUCCAUCAGAGCCCCGGCCAGGCGUCCGAAUGCUUCCGGUGCAUUGUGGGAGACGUAUUUCGUUCUGUAUUUCGGUCCGUUUUCUUACGUUCAAAGAGUAUAGGUUGGGAACUACAGCGCCCACAAUUCCGAGCGGCGUCGGUAAACAUAGAUCUGUCAAACAGCAGCGACGCCAUUUUGGUAACAGGCUUAAAAUGGCAGGAGGCGACGGGCAGAGCGGGAGGUCGGUGGAAGAUUUGAGGCGUAGAGUCGGAGCGGAGCGCUGCCUGGCCGCGGCGGUUUGAGCGGGGAGUCGCGGGGGAGCGGGCGGGCCGCGUGCCGGUAAAGAUGGACAUCACGACGGCGGUGUUUAACGCGGCGAGAGACGGCAAGCUGAAACUUAUCCAGAAGUUACUGAGCAACAAGAGCCCGGAGGAGCUGGAGGCGCUGGCGGAGGAGAAGACGCAGGGGGGCACGCCGCUGCUCAUCGCCUCGCGCUACGGCCACCUGGAGGUGGUGGACUACCUGCUGGAGUACUGUAAGGCCAACGUGGAGCUCGGCGGCUCCGUCAACUUCGACGGCGAGACGAUCGAGGGCGCCCCGCCGCUGUGGGCGGCCUCCGCCGCGGGCCACCUGCCGGUGGUGAAGACGCUGCUGAAGCACGGAGCCUCGGUAAAUAACACCACCCUCACUAACUCCACCCCCCUGCGCGCUGCCUGCUUCGACGGGCACCUGGAGAUCGUGCGCUACCUCGUGGAGCAUCAUGCAGACAUGGAGGUUGCCAACCGCCACGGGCACACGUGCUUGAUGAUCUCCUGCUAUAAGGGGCACCGAGAAAUCGCCAAGUUUCUCCUGGAGAAAGGGGCUGAUGUUAACCGCAAGAGUGUAAAGGGCAACACGGCCUUGCAUGACUGUGCCGAGUCUGGGAGCCUGGACAUCAUGAAGAUGCUGCUAAAGUGCAGCGCCCGCAUGGAGAGAGAUGGGUACGGGAUGACCCCUCUUCUGGCUGCCAGCGUCACAGGUCACACCAACAUAGUGGAGUACCUGGUGCACCAGCCUAGAGCAUCUCGGGAGGAGCGGGUUGACGCCCUGGAGCUUCUGGGGGCCACCUUCGUAGACAAGAAGCGGGACCUCCUCGGUGCCAUGCGCUACUGGAGGAGGGCCAUGGAGCUUCGCCAAGCCGGGGAUCGCGUAAGCUUCCUGGGCAAACCACCACCAGGACCCCCUGUUCCUGCAUACGACUGUGCUCGAGAGGUGGGCACAUCGGAGGAGCUGGAGGCCCUCAUCACGGACCCGGAUGAAAUGAGGAUGCAGGCGCUCCUGGUGAGGGAGCGCAUCCUGGGGCCUUCACAUCCUGACACCUCCUAUUACAUCCGGUACAGGGGGGCGGUGUACGCAGACUCUGGCAACUUCGAGCGCUGCAUCAGCUUGUGGAAGUACGCCCUGGACAUGCAGCAGAGUAACCUGGACCCGCUCAGCCCCAUGACGGCCAGCAGCUUCCUGUCCUUCGCUGAGCUCUUCUCAUUUGUGCUUCAAGACCGGGCGAAAGGUGCUCUGGCGACACGAGUCACCUUCCAGGACUUGAUGGGCGUCUUGUCCAAGGGCGUCCGAGAGGUGGAGCGAGCCGUGGCGCAGCGAGACAGCCCUCCGGAGGCGCCGCAGUUCACCAAGGCCCUCUCUAUCAUUCUGCACCUUGUUUACCUGCUGGAGAAGCUGGAGUGCACCCCAGCGCAGGAGCACCAGAAGAAGCAAACUGUGUAUCGCCUGCUGAAGCUGAACCCCAGGGGCAGAAACAACUUUACACCACUGCACAUGGCUGUGGACAAGGACACCACCUCAGUUGGGCGCUACCCGGUGGGGCGCUUCCCCUCGCUGGCUGUGGCUGGGCUUCUUCUUGAGUGUGGCGCUGACGUGGACUCGAGAGACUGCGACAACAACACCCCUCUCCACGUGGCGGCGUCCAACAGCUGCCCAGAGAUCAUGGCGCAGCUCAUCAACUCGGGGGCACACUUCGAUGCCACCAACGCCGGCCGCAAGACGGCGUACGAGCUGCUGGAGGAGCAGGGCGGUGGGAGACACGCACUGCACCCCCUGAACUACAUCACCUUGCAGUGUUUGGCUGCCCGAGCUGUGGAGCGACACAGACUGCCGUACAAGGGGCUCAUCUCGGAGGAAAUGGAGGCCUUUAUCGAGCUGCACUGACACUGUUUGUCUUUUUUAUCCCUUUUUCUUGUGUUCCUUCCUUCUGAUCAUCCCAUCUUUACCUCCCUACCCUUUUUUUCUUCAUCUUUUUCUUUUUAUCACUGCAAACCCAACCUAAAGCCUCCUCCUCCUUCUCCACCCGCAGGGCCUCCAUCCCUCUUUCUCUCACACUUUGCUCAGGCCUUAGUUUAAAUCACAGCAAUAAUCCCAAGCAAGCUACUAAUCGCAAAUAAGGAGGAAAGAUUUGUACUUUCAGCAGCUGAUGUGUGUGUAUGAGUGUAUGAGUGUGUUUACAUGAGUGUGAGUGAGUAUGUGUGUGCUUUUUUCCUCUAUGCCUGCCUGUCUGCCUUUAAGGGCUUGUUGAAAAGGGAAAACAGCCGAACUCAAGACACUUUGAUGUGCUAGAAUCCUAUUCACUGUAGCCACAAUGGGAAAAAGACUUCGGGUUUAAUUCAGGCUUCUAUAAUUAUCUUAUUUUUUUUUGUUGUUUGCUUUUUUUGCUACCAUUUUAUUCCUUUUACGAGCAGGAUGUGAACAAGUUUUUUGACAUGUCUGUCUGUUUGUGUUUGUUUAUAAUAGUUGAAUUUUUGAGCAGUGAGGUUGUGGUGAGGCUUGUUCUGAGGUUUAUGACAAGGUUUAUAAAAAACUGCUUCUUUUAUUUCUUUAUAAGAACAAAAGAAAUACUUUGGAAAAAUUAAUUGCAUGAGUGUAAGACAGAAGAAUGAGGAGUGGCACAGUUAGAUCUUUUUAAACAGCACUUCAAUCCUGGUUCAGGAGUACCACAGCCCUGCAGGUUCUAGAGUUUCCACUAAUUACAGUGCAGCACCUGAUCCAGCUAAUGUACUAAAACUGAUGAGCGCUUGCUGAGGUGAGCUGGGUGUGUUGGCAGCAGGGAAACACUAAAACAAGCAGGACAGUGGUGCUACAGGACCAAGAUUGGGAACUACUGCUCUAACUGAUCACCAGGGCUCUUCAGAUGAUCUAUAGUUUAUCUUUGGCUGUGUUCAGACUGACAGAUCUAAUCAGAUAUUUUUUUUAACACGUAUACAGAUUAAGAUAAUAAAAAGUAUGGAAGCCCAUUCCUGUCAACUAAAAUUAACAGCAUUUUUUUUUCUUAUUACGUAAACUGCUAUUUCAUUAUUUCGAGAUACUCAUAAUGAGGCAUCAAGUCAUUAUUUUGAGAUAUUAAGUCAUUAUUUUGAAAUAAUAAGUCAUUAUAUCAAGAUAGCAAGUGUGUUUGCUUUUUAAAAAAAAAAAAGUUUUUCAUCGCAAAAUAAUGACUUAACAUGACAAAAUAAUGAGAGUCUCUCACUAGUGACUUACUAUCUCAAAAUUAUGCAAUAGCAUAAUAAAAAAAAUGUGUGUGUGUUUUUUUUUUUUAAGGUGGCGUGGAAUGGGCUGCCAUUUAAAAAAAAAUGUAUGCAUGUAAAAUGUUUUUUUUUUUUUUUGUAUCCACAUGUAUCCAGGUAAGUUUUAAAAGACACAUGAAAUCCUAUUUUUGCAAAUCUGAUUCAAACCACAUUUAGAAGUGGCUUUGAGAAAUUGAUGUCUCAGUUAAACAGAAGUGCACGGGUAAAAAAAAAACAAACAACCUUGAUACCACAGCAUUUUGGACAUUACAGAUACAUUUGUGAUUUCCAAAUAAAAGAAAUCAUUUGAUAAAGAGGUAAUCUCAUCAAAUCUGGUUUAAAAAAAAAUAUCUGAUUUGCCUGCAGUCUGAACACGUCCUUAGAUCAAAUACCAGAUCCACUGCUGUUGAUGUCUGUAGAGUAAGUAAAGCAUUAGUGCAUUUUUUUUUCUUCCCUCUCUGAAUCCCAUUCUUUUACCAGAACCUUUCAGAAACAGUUUCAGAGUUUCUGAACUUUUUGAACUUCCCUUUUUCCUUUAUAUUGUGUUCAAUAUCAAAAAGCAUCAGGCCUACAGGCUGAUACGCCUCUCGUGCCAAAUAUAGUACUAGCCUUACAUUUCUGUCUGUACUUAAUGAUGCGUUUGGCUUUUAGUUAAAGCGCUAGGUGCUCACUCCCUGCUUCCUCCUUUCCUCCUUUUGAUGGGAAGAGUUGAACUGGGUGAUGCUAAUGGGGCUAACAAUUAACAAUGAGUGAAUGAGUGAAAGAAAGCUAGUGUUGCCGCCAUGCUGGUAAGCUGGUGAUGUCAUAUUAGAUAGCUGCAAACAUACAUUCGCUUAAUUGUUUGUUGGGUUGUUUAUUUAUAGCUAAACAUGCAUUAGCAUGGUCUGGUUUAAAUUGUCUCGUGUGUGUGUGUAUGUGUGUGUGAGUGGGGGAGUGAUGCUGGGACAGGGUUUUAUUAUUAUUUUUUAAAAGCCUCUCAAACAUAUGCGCAGUGUUUUGCACUUCGUUUACAACGUGUUUAAUUUUCUCUUCUCUGUUUAGAAGAGCAAAAGUGACUGUUCUUUCUGUUUUUAUUUAAUUAUUUUUCUUUAUCUUCCCUCCUUUGUGAAUUGACUGUAAAACGUUUAAGACACAGCACUUUACCCAAAAGUACGAACGACAACAGCAGCUGUAUUUGUUUGUUGGCUGCGGACUCUUUCUCUCUCUCUUCAAUAUCUAUGCAGUUUUUUCUUUUUUUUUUUAAUCAUUACCAGAGGUGGAUUCAGAGCGACUGACUUUGGCAACCCAGGUUGCCAGCUACACCUAUGCCUCUCAGUCUUACUUCUGACUGUCGUUUUUUGGUUGUUUUUAUUGUUUUUGAUGGACUGUUCUCCAUUAUAUCAGCUUUUCUCUCCUGCUGGUUUCUCUGCAGAAUCCGAACUCUGAACAAAAACAAGCACUUUGAAACAUGCUAACACUACUUAGCCUCUAAAACCGGAGACGCUUUCUCUCAGUAACUACAGCUGAACUGAUUUAAUUUAAAAGCGUUUAAUUUCAGGACAGAAACGUGUUUGGAGAUGCCUGAAUAAAAUUCACGUAUCCCAUCCGAA